AAAAAAAAAACGAAAGUGGAUUAAUUAUGAAUUUAAAGAUGCUUUUUACGAGUGUAAUUACAAAGGCUGACAAAUUGAUGCAUUCCACAAACACUAUUACCCAAACAAAGUGGCUGGACAAAACUUUUCGCCCUAUGCGCAGCUAGCCUUGUGAUACUUUCCCACCCGGCCUUACUGGUAGCUCCAGUUUAGCAGCUAUUCCUUACACUGUCACUCACCCCUAACACGAUAACUAAACAUAAUUUCAUAACACGAUCGAUAAAAAAAACACAACCAAAACACAACUGACCCAUUUAUAUAUUCGUUCAUCAAUAACUAUUCCGACCUUAAAAGUAGCUUAAAAAUCUACUAUAUCCCGUACGUUACCGAUAUAUUACGAUAUCACCACCAUUGGUAAGAAAACGCUCCGACCAAUUGUAUUUAACCUGCGCAGCGACGUCACAGAGGAGGAAGGUUCGUUUUCUGUGACGUCACAGUACGAGGCACCGCCGCGUCCGGGAGGUUGAGUCCAAUCACAUAGCCGCAUUUGACAGAUCCCAAUUGAUGUUACUAUGGCAACAGGGUCGGUGUCGUCCUGAAUGUCUUGACAGGUGCGUGACAGUUUAACUUCACAGCAUGUACGCUAAAGGGAAAAGCUCAACCGUACCUUCCGACGCUCAAGCAAGAGAAAAGUUAGCGCUAUACGUGUAUGAAUAUUUGUUACAUGUCGGAGCACAGAAAGCGGCACAGACAUUCCUGUCAGAGAUAAGAUGGGAGAAAAAUAUCACAUUAGGAGAACCUCCAGGAUUUUUACAUUCUUGGUGGUGUGUGUUUUGGGACUUAUACUGUGCAGCACCCGAGAGAAGAGAUACGUGUGAACAUUCGAGCGAAGCCAAAGCGUUUCACGACUAU